AUGGCUCUGUCAGAUCUACCAUCACCCUUCGCCCAAUCUGCAAUCGCUGCCAUCACCAACCUUUUUCCUGAAACCUGCUCACAACCUGGAGGAUUACUGGUUGCCGUAUAUUAUAUAUUGCUCAUCAGCAUCAUCCACUUCUACCUCAGAACAAGGCCACUUGCCAUCCCCUCAACGCUUCCGGGACCGAAGCGAUUUCCUUAUUUUGGUUAUCUCCCUCACGUUUUACAACAUUGGCAUGUAUGGCCAACCGAGACGACGCGUCUUGCGAAGCACUUCAAGCAGACGUGGGGUGGACCUCUUCCGAAAUUUGGUGGGCUUCCUGGAGCCUACUUUUACAUUCACGAUGUUGAAAACGUCCAGCACAUAUUGUCAUCUCGCUUUGACAACUACGUGAAGGGGGACAUUUGGGAUCGAGUGCUGGGGGAAAUGCUUGGGGUUGGAAUCUUUGCCAUCGAUGGGGACAGAUGGAAAGUUCACCGAAAGUUGAUGAGCAACAUGUUCUCUCGCAAUUUGCUCCGGCAUACCGCGGCAAUCACAGAAAAGAAGCUUGUGGGAAUGUUCGAAUCGUUCGAUAAGAGAUGCUCAGAAGCAGAAGUCAAGGGCGACGAUGGCGGAUUCAGCAUCAACAUUCAAGACGUUUUCUUUCGCCUUACUAUCGAUGUUACGUCGAUCCUUACGUUUGAUCUUGAUUUGUACAGUGUUGAGAAUGAGAAGCAGCAUGAGUUUGCACUCGCGUUUGAUGAAUUGAGCGACCUGUGUCAGAAAAGGUUCACGGAUCCAUUCUUUGAGAUUAAAAAACUGUUUCGAUUGACACAUAGAGAGCGACGAAUUCCGGUUCUAAAGGGCGUUGUGGACGAAUUUGCCUACAAGGUUAUAUCGAGCAAGAGACGUUGCGCCGCAGAUGGAUCGCCUUUGGGUCCUGAUCUACUGAGCAGAUUCAUUGACCAUGCUCGCCAGAACGAUGAAGAAAUUUCCAAUUCUGAGCUGCGGGAUGUGAUUAUGAAUGUAUUGUUGGCGGGAAGAGACACCACGGCGUGUGCCUUGUCCUGGACAUUCUACGAGCUCACAAGGCAUCCCGAGGUAGUGGUAAAAAUUGUACAAGAAGUCGAGUCAGUAUGCGGAGUAGGAAAGGAUGCAGAAUACUCAUACGAUACAACGGCCAAACUGAAAUAUGUUCACUGCGUAGCUUUGGAAGUCCUUCGACUGCAUCCAUCUGUAACCAACGACCCGCGAUAUGCCGUGAAAGACGAUGUUCUUCCCGACGGUACAAGAAUACCAGCAGGAGCUGGGAUUGAUAUCUGUAUCUUCGCCAUGGGUAGGAAGGAAGAGAUAUGGGGAAACGAUGCACUCGAGUUUCGACCGGAACGGUUUAUGGGCGAAAAGGAUCCAUCGGCAUUCAAAUAUCCCGUCUUCAAUGCCGGUCCUCGCACGUGCCUGGGACGGCCACUGGCCAUCAUGAACAUGAAACUAGUGAUGAGCAUGUUGCUAACAUCCGAGUUUGAGAUCGUUGAUUCUAUUGGCCACGACGGAAAUUAUUAUUGGACUUUGGUGGAAUCGAUGAAGGGUGGAUUUGAGGUGACAAUUAGGAGGAGGAAGCGUCUAUAG